AUGUCUUCUCAACAUGGUAGCACUCCAAGUAGCGAUCCUUCAACUGCUCAUUCAUCUGAACCUUCAAUUUCCAUAUCAACAUCAAGUGGUAUAAGAGGAAAAACAGAUUUGGCAUGGGGUCAUUGCAGAGAAGCUCCUGAACUUAGUGUGGGAUGUAAGAAAACCAAAUUAGUAUGCUUAUAUUGUGCCAAAGUCUUUGCGGGUGGAGGCAUUAAUCGAUUCAAGCAACAUUUAGCUGGAGCGAAAGGAGAAGUGGAACAAUGUCGCAAAUGUCCUCCAGAUGUUCGUCAUCAAAUGCUUUUGAAUCUUCAGGGGAAUAUUGAAAAGAAAAAGAGAGCUAGAGAAAUGAAAGCAGAUUUCAACCCAUAUAGUGUUGAACAAAGAGAGCAUGAAGAGAGGAUGAUUAAACAAUUAGAAGAUGAUGAUAAAGGUGAAGACGACGAUGAUGAUGAUGAAGCUGAUGGUAAGAAGCAAAUGUUACCACCAAAGGUUGCCAAUAAAGGAAAGAGUAAAAUCACUAAUGUUGUUAAACAAUCAACUGCAAGUUGUGGAAAACAGAAAGAAAAUGCAACAUUAGGGGCAUAUUUUAUUCCACGAACAACUCAUGGUGCUCAAAAGUCUCUCCAAAGUUGUUGGAAGAAUAAAGAAGUUAUUGAACGAUGUGAUCUUGCUAUAGCAAAAUGGAUGAUUGAUGCAUGUGUGCCAUUCAAUGCUGCUAACUCUGUUUACUAUCAGCAUGCUAUAGAUGGUAUAACAGCAAUGGGUCCUGGUUAUAAAGGACCAAAUUUUCAUGCUCUUCGUGGUUAUUACCUAGCAAAGGCGGUUGAUGAAGUGAAGAUUUUUGUUGAGAGUUAUCGAGAAAUUUGGAAGAAGACUGGUUGCACAUUGAUGGCUGAUGGAUGGACAGAUCAAAAGAGGAGAACUUUAAUUAAUUUCUUAGUAUAUUGUCCUAAAGGGACUGUUUUUUUAAAAACAGUAGAUGCAUCAGAGGCCUCAAAAACUGCUAUGUUGUUGUAUAAGUUGUUUAGAGAGGUUGUUUUAUUUGUUGGGCCUGAAAAUAUUGUGCAUAUGGUAACUGACAAUGCUGCUAAUUAUGUUGCUGCUAGCAAGUUGUUGGUGGAAGAAUUUCCUUCAAUAUUUUGGUCUCCUUGUGCUGCUCAUUGCAUCAACCUCAUACUCCAAGAUGUUGGUAAGCUACAAUCAGUUUGUUCUGUUGUUGAUCAUGCUUCUAGUAUUACAAAGUAUAUUUAUAAUCAUUGCUAUCCAUUGCAUUUGAUGAGGAAGUUCACUGGAGGGAAAGAAAUAUUUCGGCCAGCUCCUACUCGCUUUGCUACGAAUUUCAUUACUUUGCAAAGCAUUUUAGUACACAAAGAUAAUUUGAGAGCUAUGGUGACAUCUAGAGAAUGGGUCUCCUCUGCUUAUGCUAAAGAUAAUAAAGGAAAAAAGUUUGUUGAUAAUGUGUUGAACUCUACAUUUUGGGAAGAAUGUGCAUCGAUUGUAAGGAUGACUGAACCAUUAGUUCGAGUUCUACGAAUUGUUGAUAGUGAUGAUAGACCUGCUAUGGGAUAUUUAUAUGAGGCUAUCCAUUCUGCAAAGGAAGAAAUGUUGAGGAGAUUUCAAAGGAAAAGGGCUAAGGUGCAACCUUUCUUAGACAUCAUUAACACUAGAUGGGAUGGACAAUUGUAUAGGAAGCUUUAUGCAGCGGGAUUUUGGUUGAAUCCUCGAUUUCAAUAUGAUGUCAAUCUAAUGGAUAGAUAUACAAACACUAUUUCCGGACUUCUAGAUGUUGUUGAGAAGCAUGCAAAUGGAAAUGCAAUUCUGCUAAGCAAGCUUACAAGUGAAAUGAAGUUGUUUAGGAAUGCAGAACAUGACUUUGGUAGAGUGUCCGCGAGAAAUGAUCGCACCCUUUUACCUCCAGAUGAAUGGUGGGUGUUAUAUGGAACUUGUGCUCCAAAUCUCCAAAAGCUAGCUAUACGAGUUUUAAGUCAAACUUGUAGUUCUUCAGGAUGCGAGAGGAAUUGGAGUAUUUUUGAGCACAUCCACUCUAAGAAGAGAAAUCGAUUGGAGCAUCACAGACUCAAUGACCUAGUUUACGUCCACUACAAUUUGAGAUUAAAACAAAAAAAUUAUUGGAAAGGACAGAAUUAUGAUCCAAUUAAUUUUGAGGCAUUUUCUAACACUGAAAAUUGGGUAGUAGAAGAUAAUCCAUCAUCUUUAACAACCGAAGAAGUAGAAAUCUUUCACCGUGAUUUAUCAACCAUGACCAUUCAAGAUACUUUAAAUGAAGAUUUGAUAAAUAUUAAUGAGAUUGAAGAUGAAUGUGAUGAUGAAGAUACAGAGGAGAAUGAUGAUGUUUCGAUAGGCAUUAAUGAGGUUGGCUCAAUUCCAUUGACAUUUGAUUCAAAUUUUGCUCCUAUGGACACUGAAGAACUUAAUGUCUAUAUUCAACCCGAGUAA